CCACAUAUAUCUUGUGAUCCCAUUCUCUCCCUCUCUUCAUCUCUUAUAUAUUAGUGGACAAAAAGAUCAAACAAUACCGUUUCAGUUUCAUAUAUACACUCUCCUUGCAUAUCUAAUCUUCCUCCUUCACCCUCUUCUCUAUAUUUUCUGUGUAUGCAUCAUGUUACCCCCACCUUAUCACCUUAUGCCUCUGGAUCUUAAUCAAGAUCAAAACCAUGAUCAUCUUUCUAGUCCAACUCAUCUUGCUUCUUCUUCUUCAUUUUCUUCUCCAUCAUCGUCUUAUCCUAUCCUACCAGAUCAAGUUCUAGAAGAACCGUCUUAUUACUUCGAAACAAACCGUGAUCAUGUUCGUGAAGAGGUUAAGAAGAUUAUUAUUCCAUCUAGUGGAUCAACUGCAGAAACCCAUGAGAGCAGCAGAAGCAAACAUAAGCUAACAAUUCGCUGGAAGAAAGAAGAAACUAGUACCGAAGAAACUCAAAAUAUUCAAGCAGAUUAUGAUCAGGAGGAUGGUGCUUCAAUGAAGUGGAUGUCAUCAAAGAUGAGAAUAAUGAAAAAGAUGAUGGUUUCUGAUCCUCAAACCGGUGAUAUUAAGCCGAAUAAGUUUGAAGAUCAACAACAACAACAACAACAAGGAACCGAUAACAGCAGCAACAACAGCAACAACAAUUACUCGAGCUAUAAUAGCCCUACUAUUAGGGUUUGCUCUGAUUGCAACACCACUAAGACCCCUCUCUGGAGGAGUGGACCUAGAGGCCCCAAGUCACUUUGCAACGCGUGUGGGAUUAGACAAAGGAAGGCGAGGCGCGCCAUGGCAUUGGCUGCAGCGUCUGAAAACGGUACCACAAUUGCUGAUCACCAAACAUCUUCUGCGAAGAGAAAAAAAUUGCAGAAGAAAAAAGAGAAUAAGUCCAAAAUGGAGUAUGAAUGUUCACCGCAUAUGAAAAAGAAACGCAAGCUUGAAGCAACAAAACCAUCUCAAAUUAGUAGAAACAAGUUCAUCACUUUCGAGGAUUUGAGAUUAAGCUUAAGCCAGAAUUUAGCAGUUCAACAAGUCUUCCCUCAGGAUGAGAAGGAGGCUGCAAUCCUCCUUAUGGCUUUAUCUUAUGGACUAGUCCAUGGUUAAGAUCUUAAUUCAGUGUUUUAAUUUAUGAUUAUUGUUGACUAGGGUUUUGAUAUAUUGUUAUAUCUAUCUUAAUGAGGAGUUAUUAGGGCUAGUUUGAAUUUGAUAAACGUUUUGUGUGUGUGAGAGGAAGGUGCAAUAAAGAUAGUUGUAGGAUAAUAAUAGGAAGGAAAAAGGACAAAUAAGUUGCAUUGUUUGUUGUAACUUAAUGGUGGGAGAGAGUUAUCUUGUGAGUUGUGAACUUAAUUAUAUAAAUGUUUGAUUUGAAUUAGCAUGUUCUUAA